AUGAAAGGCUUGUAUUCAAAAUCAAAUUUUUCGUGCAAGGUGUCGCAAAUGUCAGAGAAAACCAAACAUCGUCUGCGAUAUGAAGGUGGAGCUGGAUGCUAUCCUUGUGCCUUCAAUUUGGUUACUGGGCCUUACGGUGUCUCCGUCGAUGCUUUCACUGCGUCAUCCACUCAUUCCCAUUGUCCGAUAAAAGAUGUCAGGUUGAACAGUACCAAUGCAUGGUGUCCUUUACGAAGUAUCCAAGGACAGUAUAUACAGGUGGAGUUUCAGACGGUGUCGGAAGUGAAGGCGAUACAGACUCGUGGACGAGUAACCCAUCAUCCAUGCCACCAGUGGGUAACUUCGUACAAGGUAAAUACCAGUAUCGACGGAAGCGCAUGGAGCAAUAUUGUGGAUCCCACUAGUGACAAAAUAAAGGUGUUCCGAGGAAAUUUCGAUGGAAACACAAUUGUAUCAAAUUGGCUAGACGGAAUCGUUCUCGCCAAGUAUAUCCGGGUUAUACCGGUCUCCGGACAUAACCAUUUCUCUUUGAGGCUGGAGGUGAAAGGAUGUCCAGUCAGUGAUGUCCACAGCACAUGCCAAAAAUGGAAAGCCAUGUUGGGAGCCAGUGGUGACGUUUUCCGUGUUAACAAGGACGUAAAAGUAUCGAACCAAGGACUUUGUGGAUUGGAGUGUUACAGACAAGAAGAGUGUGACAGCUUCAUGUUUGACAUCGUCUCAAACAUCUUGGCUAAGAUCUGA